AUGUCAAAUAAAGUUGUAAUCACGGACAAAUCUACUGGUUUGUUUGUCACAGACGCUCAAGGGGAGGAGACCUUUUUGGGACAGCGUGGUGCAGAAGGUUCUGACAGGGAAAGUAAGGCAAACCUCGACUCACACAGGAGGCAUCGAUGCCUUACGGGACAAGGAGUGAGAGACAGUCUCUUUCUCACGCCACAAUCAGGGUCCGCUCGCGGAGGGAUUCAGCAAAGAAGGAAAUUGAGCGCUAUACUUGUCAAUUAUGUCAUUGUCAACAACCAACAUUGUUGGUUCAGACCUAAUUUGAGCAGACCUACAGGUGCAGAGAGGGCUUCUAUACAGGGAAUAUACAUUCUCAGUAAGGUAUGGGAGGGACAUUGCAGUCCGUUUGGUGGCCCACUGAACAUCAUAUAUGAUUCCGCUACCGCAAAACUUUACACCUACCGACCACUUUCUGCAGAGGACUCGUUGGCAGAGCAGCGUUGGUUUAAAGAGGUAUCUAGAACAAUUGACCUGCCUUCUCUCUUGACAUAUGAGGAGAUGUCUCAAACAUGGGGACUCUUGCCUUCUGUUGUGGGGACCAUAUCACUGGCUACUGCACCACGGAGGGAAAUUGCCAGACAAUUGGCUCUUCCCCCCUCGCCAACAGCCAUAAGCACAAUGUUGAACAGGAUGAGUAUAGAUGGAUUGGACAAUCAAAGUCUUGAGGAUCAUGGACCAGUUACUUCCACCUCACAGCUUCAGAACAUUCCACCACACCUAAGAGGUAGACCAGUUGAGGAAGGAGGUAGUGAGAGUAGUAUUAGGGUGUCAGGAUCACGAGUACCUAUAGACGGGUUCCUCAAGAGUCGUACACAGAAGUCGUACUCCGUCUACCCGUUCCCGUCUCCGCUUCACUAA